CCCUCAGCCUUACGCUUUCAUUUCGUGAGGUUAACAACUCUUAACCCGAUUUUGCCAUCUGUUCACCAACCAGACGGCCACACUAUGGAUGGCAGAUCCAAACGACGCCGGUCUAACGAAGGCUCUACGGACCUCAUGUUCAGGGACCGAUCUGAAAAGCGACAGGCAACAGCAACUCUGGAUUCUGCCAUCGGGCUUCAUGGGCCUGCUGUGCAAGCGGAAUUUCAUGGAGAGGGCCUACAAGCUGUCCAUAAUUCAAACAUCUCUAUCGGAGGAGACGUGAAUUAUGGAGUAUCACGCAGCCAAUGUCUCCCCGACUUACGAUCCACUUACCCACCCCACGAUAAAAAGCGUAUUGUGCAAGCAAAAGGUGGCCUGCUAGAAGGCUCGUAUCGCUGGAUUCUCCAACAUGCCGAUUUCGUCCGAUGGCGAAACGAUCCACAAAGUCACCUGCUCUGGAUUAAGGGCGAUCCGGGGAAGGGGAAAACGAUGCUGCUCUGUGGCAUUAUUGAAGAGUUGGAGAAAGAGCUCAAGUUGAAUACCGAAGCCAAGAUUAUCUCUUUCUUCUUCUGCCAGGCUACCGACUCGCGGAUUAAUAACGCCACCGCUGUGUUACGCGGCCUUAUCUACCAGCUCGUCGAACAGCAGGAGUCGCUGAUCUCGCACGUACGGAAGAAGUACGAUUCCGCGGGACGACAACUGUUUGAGGAUCCAAACGCAAGGGUAGCCCUGUCUGAGAUCCUUUCUAAUAUCCUGCAAGACCCGGAUCUACAGAGCACUUACUUGAUUAUCGACGCACUCGACGAAUGCGAGACGCAUUUGUCGCAGCUCCUAAACCUAAUCAGGGACACAUCCUCUUUGUCUCGCGUUAAGUGGAUUUUGUCUAGCCGCAACAGGCCUGAUAUCGAUAAAGAAUUAGGUCCUACGGGGUCUAGAGCGAGACUAAGCUUAGAGCUGAAGGAGAAUGCAGAGCAGGUGUCCCGCGCUGUCGAGAUAUACAUAAGCUAUUGCAUUUCGAAGCUAGAAGCAGUCCAGUACGACCAGUCGCUCCAGGAUCAAGUUCGCCAUAUAAUGCGACGUAAGGCCAAUGGAACAUUUCUAUGGGUAGCUCUCGUCGUCGAAGAACUUCGAAAAGUAGAGAGCUGGGAUGUAUUAGCUGUUUUGGACGAAAUGCCGCUCGGCUUAGAAGAGUUGUACCGUCGGAUGAUACAACAAAUUCAACAGCUAGAGCGUAAACAACCUGACUUUUGUCGGAGUGUUCUCUCAACGGUUGUUACUACCUACCGCCCGCUUCACUUAGGAGAAUUAGCUGUUCUAUCUGACUUACCUCAAAACGUAUCGAUAGCGAAAAUCACAGAUAUGUGCGGGUCCUUCCUCACAAGACGAGAUGAUAUCGUCUAUAUCGUACAUCAAUCGGCCAGGGAUUUCUUAUCUACGGACAAAUCCCUCUUUCCCUCUAGUAUGCGAGAGAAACAUAGCUUGAUCUUCUCGAGGUCUCUGCAGGUUAUGUCUAGUAUACUCCGUCGAAAUUUAUUCGACUCACCAGAUCUCGGAUGUCGUAUCGAACAGAUCCAGACGCCUAUACCCGAUCCAUUAGUUACUGCACGCUAUUCCUGUAUUUACUGGGCUGAUCAUCUCCGCGAUAUAAACGAAAUACACACCGAGAGCGGUGCUGAGCUCUCCAAGUUUCUACGUGAGAAGUAUCUCUACUGGCUUGAAGCUCUUAGUCUAUUGAAAAGUCUAUCGGAAGGUGUGGUUUCGAUAAUAAAGCUUGAGGCUUUCGUUCGAGUAGGUUUGAGGUUACCUCAACUUUCGUCUCCGAAAAUUCUUAACAUUUUUUAGCAGAAACUAGUCGACUCUGCUCUUGCCGACCUAGUCUACGAUGCAUACCGAUUCAUUCUCCAAAAUAAAUGGAUUAUCGAGAACACUCCUCUCCAGGUAUAUGUAUCAGCACUCGUUUUCAGCCCUGCCCGCAGUUUGAUACGGCAACACUUUAGGAAAGAACAGCCAGACUGGGUUACAGUGAAGCCAACUCUAGAACUAGAUUGGAGUGCAUGCCUGCAGACGCUCGAGGGCCAUAGCCACCUCGUCGGUUCGGUGGCCUUCUCGCCCGACGGCCGCCGGCUGGCCUCGGCCUCGUACGACCGGACCGUCAAGCUCUGGGACGCGAGCAGCGGCGCCUGCCUGCAGACGCUCGAGGGCCA